AUGUAGAAUUGGAAAGGGAAAUAUAAUUUAGGAAAAAGAACAAUAUCGGAUUAGAGUAAUAUUAAAAUAACAUUCCCAUAAUUAGGAUCAAAUUAAUUAUUUAAAUUAUAGAAAAUAAACUUCCUGUAUUAAAGGAUGGUCCAUUUAAAGUAGUAUCAAAAAAAGAGAGAAUUAAUUAAAUACAGAAAAGAGAAACAUUUUACAUUUUCUACUCUAGAUUAGUUGCAAGACCAAAACUUAUUAAUUAAGAUAAAAUAAUAGGAGAAGUUGUGUUUUAUGUAAAAAGUGAGCUAUUGCAACAAAUUUGAAAAAUUAGCAGGAAAGGCUUUAGAUUAAAUUUUUGAAAUGGUCUAGGGUUUUAAUUCAAAAUAAGAAAAGAAGUUAAUCCUAUUCAAUAGUUAAGAAUCAAAUUUUGUAUGCAAUUUUGAAAUUGAAGGAUUAUUCAAAAACAUCAACAAAUUCCCCUGA